AUGACAGGACAAAAUAAGGAAAAAAUUAUUUCAUCCGGGAGAGAUAUACAUAAGAUUUUGUUAUCCUUGGCCAAGGAAUUACAAUCGGUCGAAAGUCAGACAGACGAUAUCAACCGUCGAGGGCAGCUGAAAUUCUGUGUGGAAUGGGCUUUAAAAAAUACUUUUGAAUCCGAAAAGGGUGAUUCAUGGGAAUUUAGUGAUAGUUCUAUAAAUUCUAAUAUCAAUGUUAUGUUGAAUCCCAUGGAUGCAACGGCUCAUUGGAAAAUAUCCCCUCACGGGUUAGAAAUAAGGAAUGAUAACUCCACAUUUGAAUCGAUACGUGCAACCAUGGGGGUUUCCUCAGGAAGAUGGUUUUAUGAAGUGUUGUUACUCACAAAUGGAAUCAUGCAGAUCGGGUAUGCGACCAAACGUUGCAUGUUUGGUCCCGAAGAGGGUACCGGCGUUGGUGAUGAUCAAGUAAGAAGUAAUAUUGAAUUGUCAAUUGUUAUACAUGUGAGCCCGGCGUUUAAUAACCGAAUGAAUAAUUUGACAUUGUGCAGCAUGGAUUUGCAUUCGAUGGUUGCAGAAAUGUUUUUCAAUUCGUAUUUAAAUCAGGCAAAUGGUGUAUCUAUGCCAUAUGGUGAAACCGAAUCAUGGAAACCUGGCGACGUCGUCGGUGUGUAUAUGGAUAUUGGCCUUGGGUUCGUUCGGUUCUACUUGAAUGGAAAAGAUUUGGGCGAAAGUCCUCUCAACGCCGAACAAUUUCGAAAGUUGGCGGAGCAUGGAUUGCAUCCGGCCCUCUCAUUUACUUCAUAUCAGCAGGCUGUUGUCAACUUUGGAGCCGAAAAGUUUCGUUAUCCACCUCCAUCACCUUAUCAGACGCUCAACAGUCAUGGUCAGCUGUCGUUUGAGUUACGCGAUUCAAUAAAAAAGAGAGUAUGGAGGGCUUCACGCUAUCGGUCGAUGUCAAUGAGUUCCUAUUGGAAACAGCAAUUGGUGGAUACCGAGGAAGACUUUGAUACACAGUGCUCCAUUUGCUUCGCCAUGCCUCCGAGUAUUAGGUUGAAUCCCUGCAAUCACGAUGGAUUCUGCGUUGACUGCGCCAAAAUGAUGCAUUCAUGGUAUACCUCAUAA